AGAAAGAAAGCUAAACCCUACCGGAAGAGACUCUACGUACUUGCAACUUAUUAGUUCCCUACCUGCCUCCCUAUUCACCUUCUCUCAAAACUAGCAAGAAAAAUAACGCCUUUUUUUUUUGUGAUCUUAGUUUGCCUUUUUGGUCUUCGAAAAUGGCCUCUGCUAAUGCUCUUUCUUCUGCUUCUGUUCUUUGCACCUCAAAACAGGGGAGUCUGGGUAGGAGGGGAAAUCAGCGCCAGAACCAAAGAGUAAACUAUAGGCAAGGAAAUAGCCGAUUUGGUGUGAGAGCUUGUGCAAAGGAAAUUGCUUUUGACCAGAGCUCCAGGGCUGCUAUGCAAGCUGGCAUUGAUAAGCUUGCUGAUGCUGUUGGCCUUACUCUUGGUCCUAGGGGGAGGAAUGUUGUCUUGGAUGAAUAUGGAAGUCCAAAGGUAGUCAAUGAUGGAGUGACUAUAGCCAGAGCAAUUGAGCUUCCUAAUGCCAUGGAAAAUGCUGGUGCAGCUCUUAUUAGAGAGGUUGCUAGUAAAACUAAUGACUCUGCUGGUGAUGGGACAACUACGGCAUCCGUACUUGCACGGGAAAUAAUCAAACUAGGACUUCUGAGUGUUACCUCUGGUGCUAAUCCAGUCUCAGUAAAGAGGGGUAUCGAUAAAACUGUACAAGGGUUGGUAGAAGAACUCGAAAAGAAGGCCAGGCCUGUUAAAGGUCGUGAUGAUAUCAAAGCUGUGGCUUCUGUUUCUUCUGGAAAUGAUGACCUUAUUGGAACAAUGAUUGCUGAUGCAAUUGACAAAGUUGGACCUGAUGGUGUUUUGUCCAUUGAGUCAUCGUCCUCAUUUGAGACCACAGUUGAUGUUGAGGAAGGAAUGGAGAUUGACAGAGGUUACAUCUCCCCACAAUUUGUAACAAACCCUGAGAAAUUGGUUUGUGAGUUUGAGAAUGCAAGAGUGUUGGUAACUGAUCAAAAGAUUUCAGCUAUAAAAGACAUCAUUCCCCUGUUAGAAAAGGCCACUCAAUUAAGAUCUCCUUUGCUUAUAAUUGCUGAGGAUGUGAGUGGAGAGGCUCUGGCCACACUUGUGGUGAACAAGCUGCGUGGCAUUCUCAAUGUUGCAGCCAUUAAAGCUCCUGGUUUUGGUGAAAGGAGAAAAGCUCUCCUUCAAGAUAUUGCCAUUCUGACUGGUGCUGAGUUCCAAGCUAGUGAUUUGGGUUUGCUCGUGGAGAAUACCUCAGGUGAGCAGCUUGGUAUAGCCAGAAAGGUGAUCAUUACCAAGGAUUCGACUCAACUAAUUGCUGAGGCAGCCUCAAAGGAUGAGAUACAAACUAGGGUGGCACAACUAAAAAAAGAGCUAGCUCAGACAGAUUCUGUCUAUGAUUCAGAAAAAUUGGCAGAAAGGAUUGCCAAGCUAUCUGGUGGUGUUGCAGUCAUUAAGGUGGGGGCUGCAACAGAGACUGAACUUGAGGAUCGUAAGCUACGGAUUGAAGAUGCGAAGAAUGCUACAUUUGCUGCCAUAGAGGAAGGAAUUGUGCCUGGUGGUGGUGCUGCAUUAGUUCAUCUUUCAAGUUGUGUUCCUGCAAUUAAGGAGAAGCUUGAAGACGCAGAUGAGCGCUUGGGAGCUGACAUUGUGCAGAAGGCUCUGGUUGCACCAGCUUCGUUGAUAGCUCAAAAUGCAGGAAUGGAAGGUGAGGUGGUGGUGGAGAAGGUGAAGAGUAGUGAAUGGGAGGUUGGUUACAAUGCUAUGACAGACAAAUUUGAGAACUUGCUGGAGGCUGGAGUUAUUGACCCAGCAAAGGUAACAAGAUGUGCUCUGCAGAAUGCUUCUUCAGUUGCAGGAAUGGUCCUUACCACUCAGGCCAUUGUUGUUGAGAAGCCCAAGCCAAAGGCUUCUGCCGCCGCUGCUCCAUCAGGUCUUGCUGUAUAAUGAGUAGGAUAUAUGCGCUCAUUAGGUUUUCUGAAGAUGAAGAGCAGUAUUCUUGCCGUGAAUCACAAGAAAAUGCCAAAUGAAUAGAGAUUGUCCUUGUAAGAAAAUUUUCCUUUUAUUUUUGUUUUUCUCUUGUAUGGACUAAUAACGAAACAGCUUUAUCUUGGGAUUUGCGAAAAUAUAAAGCUUACGAUUCAUGCUUACAAACAUACAA